UUGUGAGCAAAGGGGUCAAGCUUAAGCACCUGAUAUUUAGUGACAGCACAAUUCAGAUUUGAUCAUAAAAUCUUCUGAUUUAGUUCAUUUAAUGCUGAGCUUGACUGGCCCGAAAAAGAGGAAGUUAUGUGUUGUUUUGCUGAAGCACGUUUUCAGAGAAUCUGAAAGAAAAGUACUUGCCACAUUUUCACGAGCGACAAAGCAGAAAAAGGAUGAAGGAAAAAAAGAGCUAAAAACAACUCUCAUUCUACAAAGUUGAUACUCAGAAAUGGAUUUACAUGAAUGCCUUUAUGAGGAAUAUGUCUCUGACUAUAUAUAUAAGAAGGUGUUCAGACGUUAUUCUGAACACAACAGCUCUGAGAUCUUCAAGCUCUACAGAACUUCUACAGAUUUGUUCUGUCGUUGUGAAGAAACAUCUUGAAGAAUGAGAAGCCUGAUGUGUGUGCUGUUCCUGGUGCUCUUCUGCUCUGUGCAGAUGACUUCAAGUGCUCCCUUCUCAUUUAAUGUGGAAAACUGCUGUAUAGCAUUCACUAAUGUGAAGAUUCCUCUGAAACUGGUGGUGUCUUACUACCAUACCAGCAGCAACUGUCCCAGGCAGGCCAUUGUGUUUCAGACACAAACAGGGAAAAAGCACUGUGUAGAUCCAGAGAGCACCUGGGUGAACAGCCAUGCUGCGAAACUGAACAGCAGAACAACAGUCUAAAAGAAGCUACAUAUUUUUAUUUAAACUGUGCUUUUCAUGUUGUAAA